CGCAACGCUCGUAUGGAUAGCACAUGUGAUGGAGGGAGGACAUCGGAAAUAAUGUGCAAUGGCACCACCGAUUGCACCCUGGUAUGGCUGGCUCCUCCCAGCAGUUCUGCUAUCAUCAGUAUCAUGUCUUAAAGCAGGCGCCGCCGAGAUCAUCAAGGUGACCGAGCCCGGCCGGGUGGACAGCUGCGAAAAUGUCACCAUCUCGUGCACCGCCCGGCCUGUGGACGCCACCGUCUGGUGGACCCGCGACGGCGCCAAUGUGUCGCUGUCACAGCGCGUGGUGGUGGAGCGCGAGACCAAGGACAAGACGGUGGUGUCCCAUCUGACCGUGGGCUGCGUCUCGCUGCCGGACCAGGGCAACUACACAUGUCACGUGUCGGGCGGAAAGCUGCGUACAGUGCUGCUGGACGUCCGAGCCGCGCCCGAGCUGGUGUCCAGCGGCGGCGCCACGGCCCGGGUCGGCGACCCAGUCACCGUCAGCUGCUCGUUCCGCGCCAGCCCGCCGCCCACCAUCGGCUGGACGGCCGGCAAGCGGCCCAUCAAGGACACCACGCCCAGGCACCAGCUCAGCGUGCGGAACGUGUCGAGCACGGAACUGGAGAGCCUGCUGACCAUCACCAACGUGUCGGCCAAGGACGGCGGCGAGCUGACGUGCGCCGCGUCCAACGACGCCGGCCGGGCCGAGCACACGGUCCUCGUCACUGUCCAGCGACGUCCGGAGGUGAAGAUCAUCAAGGCGGUGGCCGUGGGCAUGUCGCACAUCUUCAUCAACUGGACGGUGAACAACGGCAACGCGCCGAUCCAGAGCUACAGACUGCGGUAUAUGGAGGUGGGCACUGACCAGUGGGUGUACCACUCGGUACCGGUGCCGGCCAACGCCACGUCGUUCGUGGUAGACAGCCUGAAGCCGAACCGGGGCUACAGGGUUCAGCUGACUGCCGUCAACGCUGUGGGCUCUAGUGAGGCAGCCGAGCGAGGCCAGGACGGCCGCCUCAUCACGCAGGAGCGCGAUCCCACGUACAAGCCGGUGCUGUCGGUGAAGGCGGCCACCACCGAGUCGCUGACGCUCAGCUGGUCCCAGCCGUCGCCCGAUGUGGCGCCGUUCAUCCAGUCUUACCGGCUGAUGCGCACCGACGGCGAGGACCGCAGCAACGUGGAGGAGCUGGUGGUGUUCCACCCGACGACGCUGUUCCUGUGGCCAGAUCUCAGGGCCGGCCGUACCUACAACAUCUCCGUGCGCGCCUGUAACGACUUGGUGCCGCUAUGCGGUCCCUGGUCCGACGACGUCAGCGGCGUCACCAUGGUGGACACCCAGGUGAAGCCCCGUGACGUUCUGCUCAAGUGCUCGCUAGACCAGGCCGGCACGCGGGCCUCCAUCGUCGUCGCGUGGCAGCCGCCCGUCAACGCGGCCGGCGUCCGCCAGUACACGGUCACGGUGACAGGCAAGUCCGAGUACUUCGACACGGACGGCUCGCGAGUCCAGAUGUUGUCCGACCCGGACAUGCGGUCGGUGCCGGCGCUGGAGCAGACUGUCACGUUUAAGGGUGCGGUGCCCAACACCAACUACACUGUCCACGUGUGCGCCGGCGCGGCCGACCGCUGCUCGGGCGGUGGUGGCGCCGCCUCGCGCCAGUGCGCCGUGGGCGCCGGACUGCCGGCCGCCUCCCAGCUGCAGCAGUACCGCUGGUGGCGCGUGCGGCGCGACGAACGCUGGCUCAUACAGCUGCAGGUGGACCGCGUGCUGGAGCGAAACGGGCCCAUCUGCUGCUACAGGGUGGUGAUGGUUCAGCUGCGGCCAGACCAGCAGCUGGCGUCCCUGCCGCACCCCAGCAAACUGCCCAUCAAGUCUUACGAGGAUGUGCAGGCCGAGGGCGCCGGCGCCUACCUGGCAGACGCCUUCGAACACGACUUCGUCAAGACGAGGUACGUGACGCUGGGCGACGACCAGGUGACGGACGAGACGGCCUGCCAGCACUGCGUGCCGCCAGCCGGCCGCCACCGGCGCCGUCAGACGGCCGCGGCGCCGGCGCCGCUCGCGCCGCGCGACGGUCCGCUCCUCGAGGCGGCCAACUAUACGGCCUUCAUCCAGCUUGUCGUGCGGCGGGGUGACAGUCGCCGCCUGGCCAUGGCCCACACCGACUACGUGUCGCCGCCCAUCUCGCCCAAACCGCCGGCCCAGCAGGAGCGCACGCUGCUCGGGGUCGUCAUCGGCGUGGCGUGCGCGCUCGCCCUCUGCGUGCUCGUGCUGCUGGUCACACUGCUGGCGCUCAAACGCUACGGCAAGGAUGUGGCUGUGUCGCGCGCGCUCAGGGACAUGCUGGGCAGCAUGCGCGGCCAGACGGUGGCCGACUCGCCGGUGCCCGACCUGCCGCCCAUUGCGCGCCACGACCUGGUGGCCGCCUACCAGGAGCGGCACCGCGACUCGGACCUCGGCUUUCGGCGCGAGUUCGAGGCGCUGCCGCAGCGGCUGCACGACCGCACCACCUACGCCUCGGAGGCGCUCGAGAACUUCAAGAAGAACAGAUACCCGGAUAUUCGCGCCUACGACCAGACGCGGGUCAAACUGAGCCAGAUCGACGGCAUUCAGAGCACCGAGUACAUCAAUGCCAACUUCGUCUGGGGCUACAAGGAGCGCAAGAAGUUCAUCUGCGCCCAAGGUCCGCUCGAGGCUACGAUCGUCGACUUCUGGCGGAUGGUCUGGG